GUCUGAGCGCUUAUGAGCGCACGCUGAGGGAAGCAGUGAUUAGGAAAUAAACACGUCUUUUUCGUAAUUUGCGCUCAUUUUGCUUCAUAACAAAGUAGAAUCCAGUUCCACCCCAUGAUCGACAGUGGGACGUACAAUUCGCCUCCUUUCAAAAACUUUCUAUCGGCUUGACUCGGUUUAUUCAUUGGCACGGAGUCGUUCAGACGUACUGGAGUAUCAGACUUUUAUUACAAAAAACAGCGUUAACAACUCGGAAUAAAAACGGAUCCCGUUACAAAUCUGACAUCGUCGACACUUCAAAACUUUGCCAGAUCUCCAGGUAUGCCUGUAGAACAUAAUCCCAAUCUGGACAGGUAACCAGGUGUUUCACUGUUGCCAUGGCAACACAGAUGCAGGUGUUGUUGCCUACUCUCCUCUCUGUCCUCCUUAUUUCCUGGACAUCGGCCCAGGAUUUGGAUUGGCAUUUUGACUCGGCGAAAUGUCGUUACGCUCUCGGUAUGGAGGAUGGCACCAUACCCGACUCUGACAUCACCGCAUCCAGCGCCUGGUCCGACUCCACUGAAGCCAAACACGGCAGGUUGAGUACAGGAGAAGGUGAUGGAGCGUGGUGUCCAGCUGGUCCUGUGUUCCCGAGCGGUUCUGAAUACCUGCAGGUGGAUCUACACAAACUGUAUUUCCUGUCUCUGGUAGGGACGCAGGGACGGCACGCAGACGGCCUCGGGCGGGAGUUUGCGCGCAGUUACCGGCUCCGUUACUCUCGUGAUGGACGUAAUUGGAUUACUUGGAGAGAUCGCUGGGGGCAGGAGGUGGUGUCAGGGAACGAGAACACGUAUGAUGUGGUGCUGAAGGACCUGGGCCCGCCCAUUAUAGCACGCAUGGUGCGGUUCUUCCCGCUGGCGGAUCGCGUGAUGAGCGUGUGUUUAAGAGUUGAACUCUAUGGUUGUGUCUGGGAAGAUGGACUGAACUCAUACACCGCUCCUGUGGGUCAUGUGAUGAAUCUGUCUGGGCCACCUGUCAACCUUAAUGACUCUGUGUAUGAUGGCAGCAAAGAGGCUGGGAUGAUGUUUGGAGGAUUAGGCCAGCUGUGUGAUGGUGUUUUAGGUGGGAAUGAUUUCAUGGAGAGUAAAGAGUUGAGAGUGUGGCCAGGAUAUGAUUAUGUGGGCUGGAGUCAAGACGUCCUCGGGCAGCCGGCUGUUGACAUUGAAUUUCACUUUGAGAAAACACGGAUCUUUCACACUAUGCAGGUGCACAGCAGUAACAGAUACAUUCAGGGCGUGCGGGUGUUCAGUCGGGUGGAGUGUAAGUUUAAAGCAACUCUGUUGAGCCCAUGGGCAGAGCCUCCGCUCAUCCUUCACGUGCCCCUGGGAGACAUGAACGACCCGUCGGCCCGCACCAUCUCGCUGCCUCUCGGCGGACAACCAGCACAAAUUCUCAGCUGCCGCUUUGCUUUUGAAAGCCGUUGGCUCCUCAUUAGCGAGAUCAGCUUCUACUCUGUGCCGUUUGAGAGUGGAUCCCUUCCCACUUCUACUGCCAGCACUCGUUCUCUCAAUGUGACCAAUCCUGUCGCCUCGAAUGCCACCGACAACUCAACGGAAUUCUUCAUGAACACUACCUUUCUGCUGCCCAGCAGCAUGCCAACAGAGUUUCCUGCAAUCACUCUGAGGGCGGGGCUACCUGUGGCCAAAGAUGACAGCAGCAAUACAGCCAUCCUGAUUGGCUGCCUGGUUGGAAUUAUUCUGCUCCUUGUGGCUGUCAUAGUCGUCAUACUGUGGAGGCAAUACUGGAAGAAACUGCUUGGCAAGGCACAGGGUAGUCUUUCCAGCGACGAGCUACGUGUUCAUCUUUCAGUUCCCUCGGACAACGUGGUGAUCAACAACACCAACACGCACACAUACUCCAGCCGCUAUCAGCGUAUACACACUUUCCCAGAUGACAGAGAGGGAGAGUACCAGGAGCCCAGCACUGUACUACGACCCCGAGAGCAGUGUGACAGCACAGCACUGCUGUUAAACAACCCAGCCUAUCAUCUCCUCCUGUCUGACCUGACACAUGGCCCCAACAGGCUGACAAACUGCCACAGCCAGCAAGAAAAGCCCCAAAACCUGUCCCAGGCAUGUGCUAUUGACAUGGUUGAUAAAGGCCUGCCCAUUCAGGAGGGUCCGCCUCCUUACCCUGGAGCUCCGCCCCCUAGUCUAUCAGGUCUUCAUUAUGGUGAAGCAUCGGGAGGUGGGGGAAGUGUUCCUCACUAUGCAGAAGCUGACAUCAUCAGUCUACAAGGAGUCACUGGAAACAAUACAUAUGCAGUCCCUGCUCUCUCAGCCACUCCCACUGACUGCCCACCACUGCCCGAGUUGCCACGGGAACGGCUUAUGUUCAAAGAAAAGUUGGGAGAAGGCCAAUUUGGCGAGGUACAUUUGUGUGAGAUUGAAAACCCACAGGACCUGUCAAACCUUGAGUUCCCAUUUAAUGUCAGGAAAGGGCGCCCUCUGCUGGUGGCCGUGAAGAUUCUGAGACCAGAUGCCUCUAAAAAUGCCAGAAAUGACUUUCUAAAGGAGGUAAAGAUCUUAUCUCGCCUGAAGGAUCCAAACAUCAUCCGUCUGCUCGGUGUGUGCGUGAGCAGCGAUCCACUCUGUAUGGUCACAGAAUACAUGGAGAGCGGGGACCUCAAUCAAUACCUCUCCCAGAGAGCACUGCUGGACAAGACAGGACCUUUACAUAACACGCCCACCGUUAGUUACCCAGCUUUGAUAUCCAUGGCGAGUCAGAUCGCAUCAGGGAUGAAGUUCUUGGCGUCCCUGAACUUCGUGCACCGGGACCUGGCCACGCGGAACUGCCUGGUGGGGGGAGAGAGAGGCGACGGGGAGGACCGAGGAGGGGAGCGUCAGAUAAAGAUAGCUGACUUCGGCAUGAGCAGGAACCUCUAUGCUGGCGAUUACUACAGGAUACAAGGCAGAGCUGUGCUGCCCAUUCGCUGGAUGGCAUGGGAGUGCAUUCUCAUGGGAAAGUUCACCACAGCCAGUGAUGUAUGGGCGUUUGGAGUGACGCUGUGGGAAAUGCUGAGCGUGUGUCAGGAGCAGCCGUACAGUCACAUGACCGACGAGCAGGUCAUCGACAACGCAGGGGAGUUCUUCAGAGACCAGGGGAGACAGGUGUACCUGGCUCGCCCGUCUGUGUGCCCGCAGGGUUUGUACGAGCUGAUGCUUAGCUGCUGGAACAGAGACUGUAAACUACGGCCUUCUUUUGCCUACAUUCACUCCUUCCUCACCGAGGACGCAAUGAACAUGGUGUAAAAAGAGAGAGAGAAGACACAGAGGAUGGAUGAAAGAAUGUGUAUGUGGACCACAGACUGGUGGUGUGUUUUUACGCAGACACAGCUAAGCACUCUUAUGUAAAUUAGUGUAUGUUAUGUUUGUGGGUUGAGGCGAAUAAAACCGCAGGUACGGUGCCCCUAUAAGACCCACUCUUCACCUCUUCUCCUGAAAAUCCUGAACUUUUAAAGCAACGUUUUAUCCCAUUGUUAUCAUGUUUCCACUUGCUGUUCCCCCACUGCUAGUUAUCACACCAUCAUUCCACAGUAUUUAGAAAGACCUUCUUUCUUCCGCAGAACACAAAAGAAGAUAUUUUGAAGGACGUUGUUGACUGGCCCCCACUCACUUGCAUUGGUUUUGUGACCAUACAGUAGAAGUGAAUGGAAGCGGGAGCCUUUCGGUUACCAACUUUCUUUCGAAUUAUCUUCCGCGUUCUGCGGAAGAAAGAAAGCCAUAACGGUUUGAAAUGAUGACAGAAUUUUCAUUUUUGGGUGAACUAUCCCUUUAAGCAUAAAAAAGGACAUUCUGAGGUCAAGUUUUUGGACGGAAAACAUGUUCGGUUGAUUUUGGGAUAAAAUGUUGCUUGUCAUCUGAACCUUAAAUUCUGAUUCUCUGAACUUACAGCUAAUGAAUCUGUUACUUCAUUCCCUGAACACUGAAUAGAUUUCUAAACAUAAUCAUUGUUACUGGUGGAGGGUUUUGUAGCUAUAGGUGACAGGCAGCACAACAGUAGCUCUACAAACUAUCCAUUUACUCAAUUAAAUGGGCAAAGUGUUACUUACAUGGUAUACGAUGAUUUUUUUACUUGCAUUUUAAAUAAUUACAGUGAAAACUAACAUUUACAGUCUAACUUUGCUACCAUUUGUGGUGAUGGCCAGUUCUAAUGGCUUUGGUGGAGGGUUAUUUGCAUACUGGAAAUGAGCUCUUAUUAAAAACAGAAAUACUCGCAUAUCAGUUUUUCAUCAGUGAUAUAAAAUUGUUAUUUUGAAUCAAUGCAAGAAUAGAAUAUCUUACAUGUCCUAACCAGAUCUGAAGCUAACCAUCUGUACCCCAACCUGUGUGAAAUGAUCCAAAAUUCAGUCUCACGGAACUGUACAUUUAUUUACAUUUAACUGAAUGUUGAAUGUGUGAAUCCACGUGUGAGCGGAUAAAUUGCUUGUGACUGGAAGCUCGGUUAGGACACAUUGUUAUGAGGCAUCAUAACCAUUCUGACACUUUCAGAGUAAAUGCAGACACUGUGACAAAUGGGACAUUUUUAAAGUAUGUGAACAGAGAAGAGGACUUCUAAGUGUACUUUAACUAUGUGCAAAUGUCUGACUUACUUACCUAUCACAUGGCUCUGUCUAGAUUGACAUUCGUGGCUCCCCCCCGUCUGUCUCCACACAAUUGGUCUCUGACUAGUAUUUGAGGUCGUAGGUGUAAAUGUAAUUUUUGGGAGGUCAUGACUAAUAUAAAGAUGACUGCAGAAUGUCAAGUAUUUUGUGACUUGAACUAAACUUCCUAAACUUGAAUACAAGAACGUUCUUGGUUCAACUGGAGUUUGGAUGCAGAUGUCUGAAUGCCAGAUAUGUUAUCUUUGGAUGUAUCUGAAAGGACUCGUAUUCUAAACGUACAAAAGCAUACCGAGGCAUAAGUAUGUAGAGAGAGAGAGAGAGAGGGAAAACUGCAUAUAAUGUUAUAUAUGUUAAAUAGUAAUAAAUGUCACCCAAUGCCCUUGAUUUACUAUGUAAACUCAUAUGGCACAUGCAGAGAAACUCUGAAGUGGUGGGUGCACAUCUUAAAGUUACAGUACAUCAUUUCUACAACUGGCUGGUUGUUGGUGUUAAAACAGUAAGUGUUAUGAGUUAAAGGUAUUGAGGGUAUCAUGUGCCUCUGUGUAAAUAUUGUCCAUGCACUUUCAAACCUCAAGAACUCUGAAAGACUCGGUGGUGUUGUACCUUUAUAACAGUUUAUAGAGACUGGUGUGUGAAGUCUCAGAUUAAGAGUAAAAAGGCGGGUGUGUAUAAUGUUGAGAAGAACAGAGCCACAUAAGUAAGCCCUAUAUUUACUGUAAAAUACUUGAGAAUGUGAUUCACAAAUGGUUAUGUUAAUAUGCCGACUAUGCUUACUGAAUGACCUUGAACCUUCUUUGGUACACUGAAGCCCUAAACUAAACUUUAUAUUUUUAUAAACAUAGCAUCGGUGUGUUCUGUCCUCGGCUAUGUGGCCUAUUCGUGUUUCAUAAAAAAUGUAAAUAAUUCAUGGGACAUAAUUUUCUUCAUUAGUAUCUGGUAUCUGUUGUUAAUCGGGUUUGUCUGUCUCUGUAUUAGACUUUCUGUUUGUGUUAGUCAAUGCCUGUCUUUGUCUAUUUUUGUAGGUGUUUUAAUAAAUCUUUUCAAAUAAAAUUUAAA